AUGGGAUGGGACACAACCGAGAAAAGGAGAAAUCCUCGGGCAUGGCCAAUCCCACGCGCCCACCGAAACGCCAAACCAUCCCCUCCCGGCCUCCCGUCCGUCCGGGCCCGAGCCGGCCUCGCCUCCGCCGCGAGCCGCGACUCCGCCUCCGCCGCCGCCUGCUCCGGCGGGCGGGACCCAGCUCGCCGCUUCUCCCCUGCUGCGAGGUACACGAUGGAGGGAGCUGGAAGAGAUGCCAACCCUUUGAUCGGUUACCGAAUUCGCAUAACCCUGGGAUUUGGGUCGUUCGGUAAAGUGAAGAUCGCUGAACAUAUAUUGACUGGCCAUGAGGUGGCAAUUAAGAUCAUCAAUCGCAGGAGGAUCACAAGCAUGGAAAUGGAAGAGAAAGUGAAGAGAGAUCUCAAGAUACUGAGAUUAUUGAUGCAUCCUCAUAUCAUACGCCUUUAUGAGGUGAUAGAUACACCUGCUGAUAUUUAUGUGGUUAUGGAGUAUUGUAAAAAAGGAGAGUUGUUUGAUUACAUCAUUGAGAAGGGAAGACUACACGAACAAGAAGCAUGUCGUUUUUUUCAGCAGAUGGUUGUUAACCGUGAUUUAAGGCUAGAGAGUAUUCUUUUGGAUUCAAGAUGCAAUGUCAAGAUUGCUGAUUUUAGCUCAAGUGCUGUUAUGCGUGAUGGCCACUUUCUUAAGACGAGUUGUGGUAGCACGAAUUAUGCAGCACCUGAGAUCAUAUCUGGUAAACUAUAUGCUGGUCCUGAAGUUGAUGUCUGGAGCUGUGGCGUUAUUCUUUAUGCUCUUCUUUGUGGCACUCUCCCAUUUGAUGAUGAGAAUAUUCCAAACCUUUUUAAGAAAAUAGAGGGUGGAAUAUACACCCUUCCUAGUCAUUUGUCACCUUCAGCGAGGGACUUGAUUCCCCGAAUGCUGGUUGUUGAUCCAAUGAGAAGGAUUACAAUACGUGAAAUCCGUGAACAUGUGUGGUUCAAUAUUCAACUUUCACGCUAUUUGGCUGUGCCGCCUCCAGACACUGCACAACAAGUUAAAAAGCUCAACGAGGAAACUCUUAAUGAUGUUCUUAAUAUGGGUUUUGACAAGAAUCAGCUAAUUGAAUCUCUGCAAAACAGAUUGCAGAAUGAGGCAACAGUUGCCUAUUAUUUACUCUUGGAUGAUAGGCUUCGUACAACCAGUGUUUAUCUUGGCUCUGAUUUUCAAGAAUCUAUGAGGGAACAUUUGGAUGCCUUGCUCUGCCUUGCUUUUUCUUUUGGCUCGGCAUCAAUGCCUCGCUCUGCCUUGUUUGGUUGGUUUGCUUCAAGAUACACCGUCUGGUUGUUUGCUUCCAGCGCUUUUUCCAGAAUUUUCGUCGCCAACCCAAGCGACCUGAAACCGCUUUGCGCAGCUGGCAAGCCUGGCCUUGCUGAGCGAGGCGAGGCAAACUUAAGUAUUAUGUAA